AUGUAUUGUUUAUUACAUUCUUGUUUUCAAACAAGUUUUCACUUGAUUAAAUCAAAGAUCAAGUUAAAGUAUGUCUGCAUUUGUAUUGGCUUUAUUACACUGCUUGAUUUCUUUGGAGUAUUCACACAUUUAUUUGAAACUACAUAUGAUUCAAAUUUUUGUUAUCCAUACGAAGGUGAUAUACAUGAAUUUGUGAAUGCCUUACGACAUAAUGAAAAACCUAUUGUUGAUCCCAUAAAUGAAUAUAAUUACACAUUUUUAAUUCCUAGUCAACAAAAAUGUGUAGAUGCUGCAUAUAAUACAUUUCAUGUUGUAUACAUAGUAAAAUCUGCAAUAGAACAUUUUGAGAGACGAUUGGCAAUUCGAAAAUCCUGGGGCUUUGAAAAAAGAUUUUUUGAUGUACCUUCAAGAACAAUCUUUGUAUUAGGUGUACAUCCAUAUGAUGAUGAACUUCAAGCAAAAGUGAAAAUUGAAGCUGCAAAAUAUAAAGAUAUUGUACAAAUAGAUUAUAUAGAUUCAUAUUAUAAUAACACUAUCAAAACUAUGAUGAGUUUCAGAUGGUUAGUAAAGUAUUGUUCUAAUUCAAAAUUUUACAUGUUUGUUGAUGAUGACAUAUAUGUUUCUGUGAAAAAUGUUUUGAGAUUUAUUAGAAAUCCAGCUAAUUAUCCAGAUUAUUUAAAAGAGCCUAAAAAAGUUGAUGCUCAUAAAAGAGAAAUUAAAGACAGUGAUGAAGAAAAAGAUUUAAAUAAUGAUAAUAUUACACAAACAAGUACACAUACUCUUAAUAAAAAGAAUUUAUCGAUUUAUGAAAAGUUAAAAAGUACAUUUUUGGAGGAUCUAAUUACACAAUGCAUAAAACUAGAUUCUUAUAACAAAACUAUAAGUACAAUUUCUUUAGUCAAUUAUAGUAGACAAAACUAUAAUACACAAUUAAAAUCUGUUAAGAAUAAAAGUAUAAAAAGUGAUUUCACAGUGAAUAGAGAAAAAAGACAGGUGUUUGAUUUUGAACUUCCAGAAGAUGUUAGGUUAUUUGCAGGAUUUGUAAUAGUAUCUGCUCCUCAUCGUCAUAAAUCUUCUAAGUGGUAUGUUCCUCUUAGCGAAUAUCCAUAUCACUUAUGGCCACCAUAUGUUACAGCUGGUGCAUAUAUAUUGUCUAAAGAAGCUCUUUUAGAUAUGUAUUAUACUAGUCUUUAUACUCAAAAUUUCAGAUUUGAUGAUAUUUUUCUAGGUCUAGUUGCAAAAAAAGCAGACAUAGAACUUUUUCAUUGUGAAGAAUUUCAUUUUUACAAAAAAGAUUAUACAAAAUUUAAUUAUAAAUAUGUAAUAACUUCUCAUGGAUAUGAAAAUCCAAAUGAAUUAUUGUAUGUAUGGAACGAACAAAAGGCCCUUGGUAAUGCCUAA